CAAAUCGGGGUCAAAAACACAAACCUUUUGUAGCCGCUUCUCUCCCUUAAUUUCUUCACUCACUCACUCAAUCGAUCAUCUUCAUUUUCGUAUAAUACAUUUCAGGGAAUCUAUUCUAAAAGAUGGGAAGUCGAGUAGGAAGAAGAGUGGUUAACUUUGCUAAUCUUCCGAUUAAGCUUCUUAUGCCCACUUCUUUCUCCAACAUCACUGAAAUUGCUCUCAAAACCAUCCCCUCUGCUACAAAGAUUGAGAUCAAGCGAGUCUUGGAAUCACUAUAUGGAUUUGAAGUCGAUGAGGUUAGAACCCUUAACAUGGACGGGAAGAGGAAAAAGAGAGGUGGACUUUUAAUUGCAAAACCCGAUUACAAGAAAGCAUAUGUUACUUUGAGAAACCCACUUUCUAUAUCACCAGAUUUGUACCCAAUUCGUGUGAUUGAAGAGGAAAAAAAGAACAUGAGCAAGCAGUCUAAAUCCACCAUUGUUGAAGGUGAUGAAACGAAGAAGACACAUUGGCUUGACGGAAGUGGAGUCAAGAAACCGACUGGUUAUGGUGGCAGGGUGCGCCAUGGAGCCCAAGACCGCCCAAGAAUCAAUGGCACCACCACUACCAACCCCACAUCCAAGUUUCCUUGGACUAGCAUGCGGUCUUCUGGUAGGUAGAUUUUUCUUGCCCUCCUGGUUUUAGUCACUAAUCAUUAUGCACUCUAGGUGUUUGGGACGGAAUUUCCUGGCGAAAGUUUACGACUAGAUAGCCUUUUUGUUCGUUUUCUAGCGGAGUUUGUAUGGGAAUAUUAUAUAAAUGGGCUAUUUUAUCAAUUUAAUAAGUCAUGGAUGAUCUUGCUUUAUCGAGGUAA